AUUAAGACAAUUGAGGAAGUGAAAGUUGCACCCUGAAAGUUGACUGAUCUUGAUUAUCCUUUUAAAUUCCUUAUUAAUAACAUUCAUAACUGUUAUUUGUUCGGAUUCGUCCAUUUCCUUUUCUUAAAUAUACCAACAUGACUGUGAUGGAAUUUUUCGGCUGUACUUUUAUAGCGUUUGGACCUCCCUUUGCUUUGUUUGUUUUCACAAUUGCAAGAGAUCCUCUUCGAAUCAUAGUGCUUAUUGCAAGUGGAUUUUUUUGGUUGCUAUCACUUUUGGUAUCCUCAAUAUUGUGGUAUGCUGUAGUUCCACUUAGAGAGCAGUUGGUUUUUGGUCUGGUUUUCUCAGUUCUGUUUCAAGAAGCAUUUAGAUUUCUAUUCUACAAACUUUUAAGAAAGGCAGAUGAUGGCUUGCAGAAAGUUAGCCAAACAGGGCAAGAAAUGCACAUGACUCCCAGAGAUAUCACAAAUAAACAUAUUAUGGCUUAUGUCUCUGGUCUUGGAUUUGGGAUCUUGUCUGGAGCUUUCUCCACUGUCAAUGUUUUAGCCGAUAUGGUUGGUCCUGGAACCAUUGGUAUAUAUGGGGACUCAAAAUAUUUCUUUGUUGCUACAGCUUUUUUGACAUUAAGUUUCAUACUUCUACACACAUUCUGGGGAGUUAUUUUCUUUAAUGGGCUGGACAAGAAACAAUACUACAUGGUGGCCCUUGUGGUUGGAUCCCAUAUGCUUCUGUCAUGUCUGACCCUUUUGAACCAGAGAACCUCCUCGCGGGACAGCCCCUUGUACCUGGCUAGUAUUCUCCCUGCUUAUGUCAUGACAGUCAUCAUGGGAGUCCUAGCAUACUACAUAGCCGGAGGCUCAUUGGCUAAUGUCCGCAGUUGCUUCCCUUGUGGAAAUGCCCGCAAAUAUGAGAUUGACUGAGUUUUAUGAGAACUAAUAUCAUUACAUCUUGCAUUGAAAUUAUUGUCUCUAUAAUUUGUUAUUUCAAAUUCUUUUCUGUCAUUUUGUUUUUUUUAUUUUUGAAUGUCAUUUUCAGAAAAUAAAAUUGUUGUAGUA